AUGUCCUACGUGCUCCCGCAUCUGCACCGUGGCUGGCAGGUAGACCAGGCCAUUCGUUCUGAGGAGGACCGCGUGGUCGUCAUUCGGUUCGGGCACGACAGGGACCCCACCUGCAUGAAGAUGGACGAGGUUCUGUACAGCAUCGCUGAGAAGAAAUGGAAGAUAGCGGGAGAUCUUCCUCAUCUGUUAUGAGCCCUGUUUGGAUGUCCCAGCUGUUUUAAAGCCAGCGUUGGUGCGUUGGUGUGGCUUGAGCUCCGUGGCAUCCUCUCUGGUUCUCUGCAGUCUGACAGGCUUCCCUCCCGCAAGGCCCGGAGA